AUGCUGUCAAGACUUUUCCGAAUGCACGGCCUCUUUGUGGCGUCCCACCCCUGGGAAGUCAUAGUGGGGACGGUGACGCUGACCAUCUGCAUGAUGUCCAUGAACAUGUUUACUGGCAACAACAAGAUCUGUGGCUGGAAUUACGAAUGUCCGAAGUUUGAAGAGGAUGUUUUGAGCAGCGACAUCAUAAUUCUGACAAUUACACGAUGCAUAGCAAUAUUGUAUAUUUACUUCCAGUUCCAGAAUUUACGCCAACUUGGAUCAAAAUAUAUUUUGGGUAUUGCUGGACUCUUCACAAUUUUCUCCAGUUUCGUAUUCAGUACAGUUGUCAUUCAUUUCUUAGAUAAAGAAUUGACAGGUUUGAACGAAGCUUUGCCCUUUUUCCUGCUGCUGAUCGACCUUUCCAGAGCAAGUGCGUUGGCCAAGUUUGCUCUCAGUUCUAACUCACAGGAUGAAGUGAGGGAGAACAUUGCUCGUGGGAUGGCAGUUUUAGGUCCCACCUUCACCCUGGAUGCUCUUGUAGAAUGUCUUGUGAUUGGAGUUGGUACCAUGUCAGGGGUGCGUCAGCUCGAAAUCAUGUGCUGCUUUGGCUGCAUGUCGGUUCUCGCCAACUACUUUGUGUUCAUGACUUUCUUCCCAGCUUGUGUGUCCUUGGUUCUAGAGCUUUCUCGGGAAAGCCGCGAGGGCCGUCCAAUCUGGCAGCUCAGCCAUUUUGCCCGAGUCUUAGAAGAAGAAGAAAAUAAGCCAAAUCCUGUUACUCAGAGGGUUAAGAUGAUUAUGUCUCUAGGCUUGGUUCUUGUUCACGCUCACAGUCGCUGGAUAGCUGAUCCUUCUCCUCAAAACAGUACAGCAGACAAUUCUAAGGUUUCUUUAGGAUUGGAUGAAAAUGUGUCCAAGAGAAUCGAACCAAGUGUUUCCCUCUGGCAGUUUUAUCUCUCUAAAAUGAUCAGCAUGGAUAUUGAACAAGUUAUUACCCUAAGUUUAGCUCUCCUUCUGGCUGUCAAGUAUAUCUUCUUUGAACAAGCAGAGACAGAAUCUACACUCUCAUUAAAAAAUCCUAUCACAUCUCCUGUAGUAACCCAAAAAAAAGUCACAGACGAUUGUUGUAGACGUGACCCUGUAUUGGUCAGAAAUGACCAGAAAUUCCAUGCAAUGGAGGAGGAAGCCAGGAAAAACAGAGAAAGAAAAGUUGAGGUUAUAAAACCCUUAGUGGCAGAAAAUGACACCUCAAACAGAGCUACAUUUGUGGUGGGUAACUCCUCCUUACUCGAUACUUCCCUGGAACUAGAGACACAGGAACCUGAAGUUGAACUUCCCACAGAGCCUCGGCCUAAUGAAGAAUGUCUACAGAUUCUUGAGAAUGCAGAGAAAGGUGCAAAAUUCCUUAGUGAUGCUGAGAUCAUCCAGUUGGUCAAUGCAAAGCAUAUCCCAGCUUACAAAUUGGAAACUCUGAUGGAGACCCAUGAACGAGGUGUAUCUAUUCGCCGACAGCUACUUUCCAAAAAACUUCCAGAGCCUUCUUCUCUCCAGUAUCUCCCUUACAGGGACUAUAAUUACUCCUUGGUGAUGGGAGCUUGCUGUGAGAAUGUUAUUGGAUACAUGCCCAUCCCUGUUGGAGUGGCAGGACCUCUGUGCUUGGAUGGAAAAGAAUUUCAGGUUCCAAUGGCAACGACAGAAGGCUGUCUUGUGGCCAGCACUAAUAGAGGCUGCAGAGCAAUAGGCCUUGGUGGAGGUGCCAGCAGCCGAGUCCUUGCAGACGGGAUGACUCGUGGCCCAGUGGUGCGUUUUCCCCGUGCCUGUGACUCUGCCGAAGUGAAGGGCUGGCUUGAGACACCAGAAGGGUUCACAGUGAUGAAGGAAGCAUUCGACAGCACCAGCAGGUUUGCACGUCUGCAGAAACUGCACAUGAGUGUGGCCGGCCGCAACCUUUACAUCCGUUUCCAGUCCAGGUCAGGUGAUGCCAUGGGGAUGAACAUGAUUUCAAAGGGUACAGAGAAAGCACUUUCCAAACUUCAGGAGUAUUUCCCCGAAAUGCAGAUCCUGGCAGUCAGUGGUAACUAUUGUACGGACAAGAAACCUGCGGCUAUCAACUGGAUAGAGGGACGAGGAAAGUCUGUGGUCUGUGAAGCUGUUAUUCCAGCCAAGGUUGUCAGAGAAGUAUUAAAGACUACAACAGAGGCUAUGAUUGAGGUCAACAUUAAUAAAAACCUGGUGGGCUCUGCCAUGGCUGGGAGCAUCGGCGGCUACAAUGCCCACGCAGCAAACAUCGUAACUGCCAUCUACAUUGCCUGUGGACAGGAUGCAGCACAGAAUGUUGGUAGUUCGAACUGUAUUACUUUAAUGGAAGCAAGCGGUCCCACGAAUGAAGACCUGUAUAUCAGCUGCACCAUGCCAUCUAUAGAAAUAGGAACCGUGGGUGGGGGGACCAACUUGCUCCCUCAGCAGGCCUGCCUGCAGAUGCUAGGCGUCCAAGGAGCGUGCAGAGACAACCCUGGGGAAAAUGCCCGGCAGCUUGCCCGAAUCGUGUGCGGCACAGUGAUGGCUGGGGAGCUGUCUCUGAUGGCAGCACUGGCAGCAGGUCAUCUGGUCAGGAGUCACAUGAUUCACAACAGGUCAAAGAUAAAUUUGCAAGACCUCCAAGGAACUUGCAGUAAGGAGGUAGCUUGA